AUACGCCGCUACGGAUCAGGGGCACGGACAGGCACGGAGCGAGGGACAGGGACACGCUCUGCUCGAGAUACACAGGUACACUUAGUAGGCACGCUCGCAGGGGACGACGACGACGACGACGACGACGACGACGACGACUCGCCGUCCAUUUCUCCCGAGCGAGGUUGGCAGGAUUUGUUUGUGCUUACAUACGCGCGGUGCUACGCUACCUCGGCGACGGUGGUCCCCGCUGAGCGUCCGUUUCACGGGACUGGAGAGGAGAGCCACGUCGGCGGAGAGGGUGCCUGCCGCGCGGUGGUCCACGGAACGCCUACGGUGAACGGAUGCGAACGGUGGUGAGCGACCUGGGGUGAGAACGAGACGGCGUGACGGAGUCCUCGCCCGCGUCCCGGUGUGGACAGUUUCUCCUCUUCCCCCUCUCUCUUUUCCCUUCCCUUUUUCCUACCCCUAUCAUUUCUCAUAGGUGUGCUCGACGACCGCCCCGUUCACCUCCGGAACGCGCGCUUCUCCUUUUCCUCCUCCUCUUCCUCCUCCUUCUCUUCCUCUUCCUCCUCCUCUUCCUCCUUCCUCCUCCUUCUCCUCCUCGUCAUCCUUCUCGACGAGGAUCACCUUGGCGCCACUUCACGUCCACAUCCGUGACCCUCGCCCGGCCCCUGCGCCCGGCAGUCUUCGCACCCGGUUACAGCACAAACACAGAGAUUGUGGAGUCGAGGAGGUUAAGGGGACGGCACGAGAAGGAGGACGCGCCGUCCAUCACCAUGAAGCUCGUCGACCACGUGGUGAGGAGCUUCAAGGUGGCCAAGGUAUUCCGCGAGAAUACUGAUCGGAUAAACAGCAUCGAUUUCUCGCCGAAUGGUGACACCUUGAUCUCCUGCUCUGAGGACGAUCAGAUCGUCAUAUAUGAUUGCGAGAAGGGUACACAGGUGCGGACGGUCAACUCGAAAAAGUACGGCGUCGAUCUGAUACACUUCACCCACGCGAAGAACACCGCGAUACACAGCAGUACGAAGGUCGACGACACAAUUCGCUAUCUCAGUUUGCAUGACAACAAGUACAUACGUUACUUUCCUGGUCAUACAAAAAAGGUAGUGUCAUUAUGUAUCAGUCCUAUCGAAGACACUUUCCUCUCCGGUUCCUUAGAUAAAUCGCUGAGAUUAUGGGAUUUGCGUUCGCCGAACUGUCAUGGGGUGAUGAACGUCUCAGGACGACCGGUAGCAGCUUACGAUCCUGAGGGCCUCAUCUUUGCAGCUGGAGUAAAUUCGGAAAGUAUCAAGCUGUACGAUCUACGUAGCUUUGACAAGGGGCCCUUUGUCACCUUUAAGCUCUCUCAGGAAAAGGAGUGCGAUUGGACUGGACUGAAGUUCAGUAGAGAUGGCAAGACUAUCUUGAUAUCCACUAACGGUAGUACAAUUCGUUUAAUUGACGCUUUUCACGGUACACCCUUACAGACUUUCGCUGGAUAUCUCAACAACAAGGGAAUCGCUAUAGAGGCCAGUUUUAGUCCGGAUUCCCAAUUCGUGUUCAGUGGCUCCACGGAUGGCAGGGUGCACGUGUGGAACGCGGAGACCGGUUACAAAGUUUGCGUGCUGAACGGUGAUCAUCCAGCGCCGGUACAGUGUAUCCAAUUCAAUCCUAAAUAUAUGAUGCUGGCAUCGGCAUGUACCAAUAUGGCUUUCUGGCUACCCACCAUCGACGAAAACGCAUAAAGUUAAUUUAUGAGAAAUUUGAAUCCACACCUUGAAAAGGAAGAGAAGGAGAGAGUGAGAAAAGAAAACAGAAGAGAGAAUAGAGGCAGAUAGCUGAAAAUAAUCAACCACGAAGGAAGUGAAGGAUAUUUAUAACUUAUAUUCGACCGAAUACAUUUACAUUGCAUUUACAUUAUGUGUACAAAACUGGAACAGCUAUUGUGCGACGUGGUAUCAGUACCGAAACGCAUCCGAGGAAGCAAAACGACAAGUGCAAAUAACGUGAGAGCUCGAACAGCUAGACCGAGAAAAUCACUGUGGAGUACAUCUUCUCCAUCUGUAUCGCCAUCAACGUCAUCGUUAUAAUAAUACAAGGAAAUCCAUGUCUUUUAAGACGUUUCGAAUAUAUAUCGUACAGCCUCUUCCUUCGUCUGGUAGGCGUUUAGCGAUAUGUCAAACGAAAUUCGCAUGCAGGAAGAGGCAAUCUUUGGAUUUCGUCCGUUCCCGGGCAGUCGGUUGUCUCGCCCGAUUGUGUUCGAGAAAAUAGAUGUAGAACGAAUCCCGUAGUGCUGAUCGUUUCGUAAACGAUAUAGAACGACGCUCUGCCGAAAGCAGCCAGCCGUCUUUGAGAAUUUUGUACGCGAAGAACCGUACGCCGAAGCUAGACGUAGGUAACUUUACGGACAUCUAGAGGGACAAGAUUCGUGUAUACGAUCUAUACGAUGUCCUUGAAUACACAUGCAUUUUAUCAAACAUCAUCGUUUUCUCCUCCUCAUACAAUUGAACACGUCGUUAGUGAGAGCUCGCAUCGGCGAAAUUGGCUUUGUAUUAUCGGCAGUUCUUUUUUAUCGUGGAAUUGGUGUAAUCGUAUUGUUAACAUGUUUAACGCGUCGAAUGCCUUACAUUUUUAAUAAUCGGUUUCGCGCGUAUGUCUCGGGCAUUAAGACGUUAACUUAAUUAAGAAACACAAAAACGCGUGCUAGCAAUUUCCAAAUAAUUGAAGCGAAUUCCAUCAAUAUAAAUAGAACGCCAACUAUUUUCAACAAAUAGUUUGCGUUUAGCAGAUUUGAUUAUCAUUAUAGUUAAUCUAAUUAAUGAUUUACAUGGUCGUAUACAAAAUAAGUUCUUUUUAAGCUGAUCGAAACUGCGCGAAGUGUUAUCUUUGUGAUAACAAUCUUGUGAUAUUUUGUUUUUACGUUGUCUAACUUUGUCUAUUUGCGACACGGAUAAUUGGAUGUCUUAGGUUUAGUCAUCAACCUUCAAUUCUUAUCUCAUCACUUAUUUAGCUUUCAACAUACAUAAGUUGUAAGUAAUAUACAAGAUAAUGCGCAUUAUCUUGUAAGAACCAACCAUACGUAGCUGACAUUAAAUACAUGAUAUAUAAAAUGUCAUCUCUCUUAAAAUUCGUAACUUUCGUCGAGCGUGUAAACGUGAAAGAAAAAUUGUCGGAAUAUUAUCUUUUUCUGUAUGCGGCCAUGCUCAAUCGAUACAUAGCGGUACUAUCUAGUGCUAUUUUGUAGUUGUGAACUUGGGAUUGUACGCUUAUUGUCUUUCCUACUCCUCACUUGUAGUUAUCUUUCAGAUUAGUUUCGUCCCUGAAAUCAAUCGCCACACGCUGCGAGACAGCUAUGAAGUAAGAAGUGGGGAAGAUAAUAAGAGUGUCAGUUCCAAAACUCAAAACUGCAAAUCCUGAACAGCACUCCAAUGUAAAAUCAUCGAAGAAUACCUAAUUGCAUAUUUAUACACCUGACGGAUUUCCGAUAAUCGAAGGCAGUAAGGAGAAGGAGGAAGAGGAGAAGGAGGAGAAGACGUUAAUGUCGCAUAUGGAAAUGGCCACCACUAUUCUCGCUUUCGGAAUAUACCACACUCGAGAAAUUGCAAUGAUCGUUACACAGAGAACCGGAAGAGAGACAGUUUUGCGUGUCUCCGUUCGUGAAAGGAAGCGACGAUUGUGGUAGUGACGAUUCUAUCAUUGCCAUCGGUAUACCGGAAGAUAUACUAGAUGUGUCCAUUAAAAACUAUAGGAGCUUAUUUAUUGCGUGAAAAUCGCCUAACGACGAUAAAAAAGCGAAAGAAAAAAGAAAGCGAGAAGGAAAAGAAGGAGCGCGAGUCUCCACGAACGACGAAAUCCUGCGAUAAAGCGCGUUGCAUUACUCGCGAUAUAUAAUAUCUCGUAUUCAUUACGCGAAAAUACGCAUACGUGAUUGUCCGCAACAAAUUCACGUUUCCGUAUCGUAUUACAUUAAUUUAUCGAUGUUAUCGCUUUUACAUGAUAUACGUAUGAAAUCAGCGGGCUAAAUAAAAAACAUGACGUUCGUAGAGACUGGGGCUUUGCUCUCCUUCUUUCUCGCUGUAUCGUAUUUAUUACGAAUUAAUUGCGGUAAUAUUUACGCGCAAUACAGAAUGAUGAUUUACGGUUGUUUCUUGCCGAAUGAAAUCUUGUGCAGGUACACGUAGCAUAUGCACGCAAGAGUUUUUCGUAUUUUCGUUAAGAAGCAAACCAUGAUCACAUCGGCGAUAUAUUCUGUCUCCGCGAAGCGAAUAGGCAAGUGUCAUCGCACAGCCAAUCUAGUUUCUUCGUUAAAAAGAAAUGAGAAGAUAAAAUCGAAUUUCGCUGUAUUGCUAUCUGUGAACUGUACGAAUACUACGAUCGCACGAAGCCGCACGGCGAGUCCUAGGUUGCAAAUAUCCAAUAUUUCCGUUCUCUUUCUCGCGCGUGCUCUUUUUGCUCUCUCUCCCUCCUCUCUCUCUCUCUCUCUCUCUCUCUCUCUCUCUCUUUCUCUAACUCUAACAAAUCUCAAUUUCAUUUUUCGCAUUUCUGCGGAAGCUCUAUAGUGAUCCGAAUUCGACCGUUGUGUUCGAUCUAUUCGAUCGCCCGCUACUCCUCUCGUCUUCGUCCUUUCGUAUAUGUAUAUACGGUAGUAUCCAUUAUUUCCUGUAGAUUUUCUAGGCGUCUCCGUUUAACAUAUUUUGUGACAAGAGCGUGGUCAAUAUUUUAUUCGAUUAUAUAUGUAUGUGUGCAUGCGUGCAAGUAUAUGCAAGUACGAGCGAGAGAACAAGUGAUUAUAUACGUUUUACGUGCGAAUCUGUCUGUGUAUCUGUCUGUGCGAUUUGCGUGAGUGAGAGCUUGCCUCCUGCGCUGUAAAAUAGUAUUUUUUUAUAACGGCGAUGCAGUAUGCGCGAAAGAAACGCGUUGACGGGACGUAUUUGCGAAUUCGCGCGAGAUAAAUCUCUCGCGCGUACGCUUUCGCGAGGGAGAAACUUAUUACAGAGAGGAGUACAAAGAUGAACGAAAGCUUUCGACCCUUUAGUCGCACGGCUCAAGCCUCGAACUAAACGGAAACAUCGCGUGCGAAUAUAGAAUUAACUUUUUUUGUACAACAACGUAAUCACAAUUUUGUUUUUAAUCUUUUAGAAUACACGAAUGUGUUAUCUAAGAAAUACUUUGAAUUACAAAUUUUUAUCGCAUAGCUUAAAACGAGAUAUACAUUUAUUUAUAUUUAUAUAAAUCUUAAAUUACAGUUUGUAAUUACGCAUUGCAAUAAAUACGCAAUUAAUAUUUACGCAAUUAAUUAUUUAUAUAGCUCCUCAACGAGCAAGAUUUAUAUAGUUAUUGAAUAGUGACCAUGAGGUUGAAUUUUGCAUCGUUUUAUCUCAUCUUGCGGUUUUUUUCUCUUUUUAUAUAUAAAAAUACGUAUACGAUACGUAAUGCGCUGCGCGGCGAAAGGGUUGAAGAUCGAUCGAAUCACCUCGAGAAUAUUACAAACGAUCUAUAUAUUUAGAUUAAACACAAUUUGACACACGUAUAUACUGCCAGCCAACCGAGCGAGUAUCCCGACCGACCACGGGCCCGCGCCUUCAAUCUCGUUCGAUGCCGAGAAUUUUGAGAGCCCUUAAAACCAAGCGCAAUCGACUGUACUAUUAUUACAACUAUAUUACCGCUAUUAUUACUACCGCUACGUUAAGCGUAUAGAUUAACCCGCCGGUUUGAAGCCCUACUCGAAUCGGUGAACUGACUCACAUCCGAGCGACGAGAAAGUCGUGGACGGGACGAAAAAGUAACUUGAUGAUACGAAACAUCUCGUCUGAAUUCUUUCGAUACGAAUUCUCCUCUUCCAAGAAAGCCGAAAACCGCGUAAUAGAUUGUACAUAUUCCGAUAAGUCACAGCGAUUAGACUUACACAAAUAGGAAAGAAAAGAUAGAUGAUUCUGUCGAUCAGAUCCAUCGGGUCCCGUCUCUCGCCCGAAUACUUCUUUCGUCACAAAAGAAAAAAAAAGUAAAAAGAUAUGAUCGGCUAGGGGCGUAAGUACUUGCGUUUCAUACUACAAAGAAAAUUCACAUCAUAGGUAUUAAAUACAGGAUAGCGUUUGUUAGAGCCUGGCUGUUUCGAGAGAUCAGGCAUUCUUAACAAAACUGUAAACGUGAUUACGUCCCUCCCGUUCACGAUCACCCGUUAGUUAUGGAUUUAGAGUUCGGAUUUAAUAUUAGAUAGAUAAUAUCUAUAUAUCUCUCGCAAGCAAAGCAAGCGAGACUUAAAUCAAGAAGGGGGAGGGGGCUAUCUAAGUUUAAGUUAACAUGCGUUUUGUUAAAUGUGACGGUUCUCGCCUUGCUGCAGCCGCUCGCGUUCACCAAAAGGUACAUUGUAACGGAAGAGGAAGAGACACCCGAUAAGCGGAUCUUGUGAUUCUUCUAAGUUCCUACAUUAAGUCUUCGUACAAAUUGCUUUCGCCAGCCAAGGCAGAGAAGACUCUCAGCGCUUGUUGUUGAUCUCGAACCUCGAUAUUUCGUCGAUACCGGGCAGGGCUUCGUACCGAUUGUUGUAAACUGCAUGCGUUUUAGAAUACUAGGAACGUAUGACAAUAUAGACACAUCGCAUUGGAGCGAUCCGAGUAAUUCGCGCUGUAUAACGGAACGAUUUAUAACGAUUUUCAGUCUGCUGGAAGUAUAUGUCAAGUCGAAGAACACGGCGCUUCUCUUGUUACGUCCUUGCCGACUACUAACUUGAUCUACGAGAUUUGCAAAAAUUUAUGAGAAUUACUUGAUUCGGCAUUCAGUUACAAAUUGUUACGUAAUAAUAACGGCAUGAAAGAAAUGUGACGCCCGUCUUCAUAAUGUCUUCGCUACUGCUCCAAGAGAUUAGCAUUGUGAAACUGGUCUACAGAUGUACAGUUGCAUUGUCAUUUUCUGUGUAAAAAGAGAAAAACGAAAUCGCAAGAGGAUUAAUUGAACAGAUACACUUGUCUUAAUUAAUGGGUCUUUUUAACGAUUUUGACAAAUUUGACGCAUCGCGAACUGAACAGAUAUUUCAUCACCAUUAAUGUUUUGUUAAUAUGUAAUCGUUCCAAUUCAUACACUGUGGGCUGUUGCAAGAUGGACAUUGUAUGUGAUUAAAAAAAAAGCGAUGUAAAUUUUCGUCCAUCGAGACAAUUGGUAGUCACGACAUAUCAGCGUAUUUGUUAAGAGAUUUGUUAGGUUGACAAUUUUCACUUGACAGGAGAGAGGCUCUCAAGAAGUGUACAAAAAAAAGGAAGGGACCUUCUUGGAUCCUUCUUGGAAAUGAAUGUCAAUAGUUUAGUGCAGGCUGAAUUGUAUUUUUUAUUUUCUGUAAAAACAUUUCGAUUGAACGCACGAGAGUUUACUAAAAAAAAAAAUAAAACACUUUUUUUGUACAACUA